UGAUUUUUGGAGGGUUCAUGUAAAAUGGCGGAUUCGUUGGCUAAGUAUGGGCUGUACGUUGAUGAUUUCAGUAAAAUUAGGAUUUUGGAACCAGAGGUGGCUGGGCAGAGCGAAAAAUUGAGGGUUGAGUGUCAUGGAUUCGUCUCCAAGAUAACAGAGUUCAAAAAAAAUUCCGAUGAGUUCAUUGAGAUGCUUGACAGUCUCGCGAAUGAAGUUGAACGAGAAAAAAUGAGGACUAUAGGUGCUAGAAAUCUUCUGCGUUCAGUAUCGAAGCAGCGAGAGGCCCAGAAGCAAAAAAUUCAGGCCUUGAUCAACGAAAAAACAAUGGAACUGGAACGUUUGAGGAUUCAGUACGACUCAUUGCGAAGAAUCGAGCAGGAACAGUUGGAGACAAUCGAGCAUUUAACAGUUAAUUAAUUUUUUCUUCUUUUAUUUCAUUUCUAAUUUGCGGAAACAGUUGGUUGUGGUGAAUUAAUGUCGAUAAGACUGAAAAUUAAAAAUUUGUAGAGAUUUCGAA